AUGGCUGUGCGGCUCUUCGAGGGGAAAGAUCAUGCGGCGGCUUACCUGCAGUACAGAGUGGCACCCCAGGAGCUGGUCAGCACAGUUAUGAGCUUUAUGGAGAAAAGGACACCAAAACCAUUUAACCUUGCACUGGAUGUAGGCUGUGGAUCGGGGCAAGGGACGACCCUUUUGGCUCCAUACUUCACCAAAGUGGUUGGAACCGACGUCAGCCCCGCCCAGAUAGUGACAGCUCAAGCCAAUAAGAACCCUCCAAAUGUCUCAUACAGGCAGUGUCCAGCAGAAGAGCUACCAUUUGCAUCUGGAGAGGUGGACCUUUUGAGUGCCAUGACAGCAGCUCAUUGGUUUGAUCACCAGCGGUUCCUCAAGGAGGCUGACAGGGUGCUGAAGCCUGGAGGCUGCCUGGCUCUCCUUAGCUACACCAUGGACAUGGAGCUUGAGUAUGGGGACAUCUCCAGCGCUCUCAAUGACAUAUGCAAAGAGUUUUAUGGCGCCCUGCUUCCAUUCCGAGAUCCCUACAUUGGAAAAUCCUCUAAGAAGAUCUACCUAGACAUGUUCAACUCCUGCUCUUACCCAGACAAAGAGUGGAACGAGUGCCUGCAGACAAAAAGGACCCUGCCAUUGAGUCAAUAUAUUGGCAUGGUGGAGACCUUCUCCAGCUACCAGAAACUGAAGAAUAAGGACCCCGCUGAGGCCAAACAUCUCUCUGACCAUAUCAGGAACAAGUUGAUGUCUGCAAUGAAGGUGUCCUCUCCUGAGACUGAAGUCACGAUGAUUAUGCAUUAUUUCUACUGGCUGGCGUGCAAACCUUGA